CACGUCCGGUGCUCUCGAAACUUCUUUAAAGUCAGAUAAAGCGUCUCGCUGUUCAUCUUCUUCUAUGGUAUCUUCGUGUGAGAUCGAGAAUUUACGGGCGAUUUCUAACUUUACCGAAUUUUCACGAUACGUGCGUACAGAGAGGAGAGGAGAGGGAGACCCAUUUUUUUUCGCUUGAUAUGAUGUCGUACUCUAGGAGGUCAAGGUAUUCACGCUCUCCUUCUCCAUACAGGAGAGAGAGCAGUUCGUAUUCAAGGUCAAGGAGCCUAUCACGUGAUGUGGAAAAUCCUGGUAAUAACUUGUAUGUAACAGGAUUGUCACCACGGAUCACUAAGAAAGAACUGGAAAAACAUUUUGCAAGCGAGGGAAAGGUGAUUGAUGUUCACCUUGUGGUUGAUCCAUGGACAAGAGAGUCUCGAGGAUUUGGGUUUGUAACAAUGGCUGCUGUUGAGGAGGCUAAUCGGUGCAUCAAGUACUUGGAUCGAUCUGUUCUGGAAGGUCGUGUCAUUACAGUGGAGAAGUUUUUGUGGCAGCAGGUUAGCUGUGUGUGGCAGCUCUUCGCCAAACUCCAAAAGUCAUACAACUAACAAACAAACAAAUCAAACACAU